GACGUCACCGAAGGGUUCAGUUGGAGCACCUGUCGCACGCGCCGAUCAGUCAGUCGAAGCCGAACCCUCGCGGCGGUGUUUCCCGAUGUUCCCCUCGUCUGGUCUUUUCUCUGGUAUAAGUUGUCCUUUCUCAAAACGUGCGUGUGAGCGGCCGCACUGUUUGUACAAACAUGCCAAAGAAUUGCGGGAGAUGCUCGGCGGCUCUCGUCAAACGCCGAUAGUUGGUUUUGCAGGGGAGCAAAACUGUUAUGCGGUGAAUGACGAGGCCAAAGAUGACUCCCUCCAGGAGCUGGAGCGGAUCAACAAGGAGAUUGAAACCGUACGGCACGAGGUGGAGCAGGAGCAGAGGCGGCUGUCCCGCUACCAGACCGUGCUGGCAGACGACAGAAAACCUGCACCUUCUCUCUCUGCUUCCAAGUCUGAGGCUGUAGGUAAAAAAAUGGAAAGAGGUCCAUCGUCGUGCGCGGCCCCAACUCGCUCGUCUUCCAGAGGAAAGAAGUACGUGGUUGACAACUCAAAACCCAGGACAGAUUUGGAGUACGACCCUCUGUCCAACUUCUCUGCUGGCUUGAGGUCUUGCGGUUCCUCCGGUAAAGAGCAAAAAGGCAAAAACGGGAGAGAUUUGAAAAGGGAGAGAAACGUCACAGACGAGCCUCCGCCCUCCCGGUUGCCAUCUUCAGAGCCCCUUGACGACUCUAACGAAGACGAUGACUUGAUUAUUGACAUUCCCCCCUCGCCUGACAAAAAGAGAAGGACACCUGGUGACGUUGUCUCGGGCAAACUCAUCCAGAACCAAGCAAAGGUCAAAACCCAGCCUGUUCUACCUCUGAACGCGUGCGAGGCCACAACUCUACCAUCGCCAAAAAUGGAAAAAAUGAGAGGCCAUAGUAACUGCAAUGACGAGAACAUUCGAGAUUUGUUUGGUCUUUAUGAGCGUAAAGAGUGUGAGGCUGUACCAGUUGACGGGGGUGCAAUUGAUUUAACCGGCUAUUUAGAAGAAGUGCAAACUCGCUCUCUUGCUGAAAAAGUAGUGGCGGCGGGCCCUGAACCUGCGAGUCCUCCUGCCACCGCGGACCAGCAAGACGCCAACAGCAACCACUUGUUGGCGCAGGAGGCCGACGACCCGUUCCAGGUGGACCUUUCCCAGUGGGAGCUGCCCCAUUGCGUUGGGGAUAAAAUGGAUCCACUGCAGCCGCAUCGUUCUCACCCAAAGAAUUCCCUUUUUGACGACCCUCCGGGUGCUAACUCUGACUCCCCGGGUGCAACGCGGGUCCGGAGCGCAGAGCAGCGCGCUCAGAACUGGCUCAGUAACCAGUGGCUGCCAGAGAUGCCGCAAAGCCAGGAUGCGCCAGCCAAAGUGCCAGGACAGGCGCCAACGGAGCCGGCUUGGUCAAACGGCGCCGAGCUGAUAACUGGACAGCUUUUUGUGACGGAAGUGGGUGGUGGUGGUGAUGAUGAUGAGGAGGAGGUUAUACGCAUUACUUCCAGCUCGGAUGAAGACGAGCUCAAAUAUUCUGAGGCGGAGUUCUCCGACAGUGAUCCGAUGGAGGAAUGCUACAGGAUCUUCAUGGAGGCAAAUGAGGAACGGGGGGAUGAAAAGCAGCCCGACGUGUCUGUUGCCGCCGAUGUGGAGAAGCCGAAGUUGAGCGUCAAACCGCAGGCAUUGCCAGGAAAGAGGGUGGCUCAUGAUGCCAAACAUACAGAGCUGCCUGUGGUUAAGAGCAGACCUCAGCCCCAGGUGCUGGUUCCCCUACGGGCGCCAGCGGUGUCUGGAUUUACCUCCCGGCCCUCGACCACCUGCAAGGUCCAGCAGGUCCAGCACAGAGCCGCCGCGCUUAAAGGCGGUCAGGCCUUCGUUGUUUCCUCCAGCUAUCAGAGGAAGCCAGAGACCCACAGUGCGUCUCUCCCAUCAACCCAACCCCCCGAGAACCUGCAGUCCGCUCCUGUACAAAAUGCUCACAUGAACUACAUAUCUUUGGGAACCGCCGUGAUCGGAGUGGACAACAACCUGCACUUGAUCCUCCCGGAGGGCCUCUUCCCCCUGCCCGCCUCCUCCGGCUCCGGCCACGUGACUUCAGUGCUCACCCCGAUCAGCCAGGUGACCACGAGCGCUGUGGCUGUGAGACAGAUGUACCACGCACCUGCAGUUACCCCUCUGCAAAGAUACCGCACGACCGCCCCGGUGCUCAUCCCAGCGCCGGCGCGCAAGCCGUCGCUGGCCUCGGCCUUCGCGUCGAGUCCCGCUGCCUCCGCCGCUCCUCAAGCUGCCGUCCACGCCGCUGUCAAGCCGGUGCCUACUAAGCGCAAACUGAAGCAGUGUGAGGCCGCCAAAGACAAAGUGCCCCAUGAAAUCCGACAGCGUUAUGUCAACAUGUUCACGGAGGAGUUCCUCAAGACCACGGCGAAUGUUAAUGAAGCUUUUGAAAAGGCGCUCAAUGAAGAGAAGGCUGUGUACAAUCGCAGCGUGAACAAACUGAAAUAUCUGAGUGUUGCAGUGAACGCUCUGAAGAAGCUGAAGAACCAAAGUGCUGUUUCAGCUAAAGAUGAAAAUGAAGACAAAAGCCAACGAUCUAAAGGCAACAUUUCACUUGAUCUUAACAAGUUAAAAGGAAACGGUGACACGGCGCUGUACGAGAGUUUAAAGGACUACAUUUUGACUGAGGAAACUCUGGUUGAGAGCAACUUUCCUGUCCAGCACCCAGAGAACCCUGGCUGUGCUGUUCUCUUUGUAGACAGUAAGAAAGGCAUCGCAGACCCCCUCAAGAGGAUCUGCUGUCGAUGUGGAUCCACGUACUCUGUGAACCAGAUGGGUAAACACACUCGGAAAGAGGAGUGUAAUUACCACCACGGGAAAGGAGUCACAAAAAAAGUGCCAGGUGGAGUGGAGACGCGCUACAGCUGCUGCGAGGGAGUCAUGGGAGCGCCUGGAUGUCAGGUGUUUCAGGUGCACGUGCACGAUUUCGUCAGCCUGGAAGGGUUUGUGUCGACCGUCCCCAGACUUCCCUCGGACACCAGCUGCCCCGGGGUCUACUCCUUGGAUUGUGACAUGUGUUACACCAUUCACGGUCUGGAGCUGUCCAGAGUGACUGUGGUCAACUGGAGCCUGCAAGUCGUCUACGACACCUUCGUCAGGCCGGAUAAUGAGGUCAUUGACUAUAACACCAGGUUUUCAGGCGUCAGUGAGGAAGAUGUGAAGGGUAACCGCACCUCCCUCAGAGAGGUGCAAGAGACCUUAUUGAGCUUCGUCAGCGCCGACACCAUUCUGAUUGGACACGGCCUGGAAACAGACCUCUGUGCCCUAAAGUUGCUCCAUGGGACGGUGGUUGACACAUCGGUGGUCUUCCCUCACCGUCUUGGCCUCCCUCACAAGCUGACCCUCAACAACCUCACAGCUGAAUAUCUCAUGAGGAUCAUCCAAGAGAGUGUUUGUGGCCAUGACACUGAGGAGGAUGCUGCUGCCUGCAUGGAGCUUAUGUUAUGGAGGCUCAAAGAAGAUGGAAAAAUGAAGAAAUGAUGGAUAUAAUGCUUGCUAAUCCCCAAACUGGUGACCCAUGAAUAAUGUAGACACGGUUAUGGAUAUUUGACAUAUCUAUUUCUGCCCUGAUAUGGGAGGGCUGUUUAGUUUUUCGGUUACAUUACUUAAUUUUGUGUUAAAAUGGUAAUCCCUCUAUAUAGAUUUUGAUUUUCAGACUGUCCAUAUUUGUGAAAGUCUGAAGGGGUGGGUGUUAUCAGUAUUAUCCCAGUAAAGGAAUGUAUUCAAA